GCCUGGGGCAACAUAUUUUGAGGGUUUGGGUUUCCUCCGCAGUGUUUGUUGUUGCAGGGUCCUGCUGUAACCGUUUUUGCUCAAGGCGUCUCAGCGCACAGCGGUCAACAUUCAGAUUCGCUUAGCACACGGAUUACAUAGCCCCAUCAUCCUAUCCCUCUAUCGUCGCCAUGCCCUUGCCAGAACUGCUAUCGGGUGUGUGCGAGCUGAUCGGCAAACACGACUACCAUGCCUUCGGCAUCGCCUUCGUCAUGGCCUACGUCAUGAUCGUGCCCAUGGGCGUGUCGCACCUGCUCUGCCUGCUGUUCGGCGCGGUGAGCUACGUGCUGCUACUCCCGCAGGACCACGAGCGGGCCGCCAAGAAGUCGGAGCCAUGCGAGAAGGGGGCGCUGGCAGAGGCGCCCGCGGCCAGGGACACCGCGACGCCCCAGCAGGAUCGCGGCCGCGCCACCAGCCAUGCCUGCCAGGCGCCGCCGGCCCAGUGCACGCCGCAGGCAGAGGCGCCUGCGCCGCCGAAGGGUGCCGCCGUGCCGCCGAAGUGGCGGGCGGCCGCGGCGGCCGCGGGUGCGGACCGCGCCUCGGCGGACGACAACUGGCGCUCCCGCCGCACCUCGACUCCGCCGUGGGAGUCGCGCCGCCCGUGCGCGCCCAAGGCCCCCGUGGAGAAGGUCGCCCUCUCGUCCGGCCUGUCGGCGGCGCGCCGGGUGCUGGCCAAGGAGGCGGCGUGAUGCGCUUCCCGAGCGCUCUGGCCCAGACCUCCUGUGAGACGGUCAGGCCCAGCCCUUCCUCGAGAGGCCCUCACGCGCUGUCGUCCUCCAGCUCCUGCCCCUCUUCCGUUGCGGCGUGAAGCGAUGGCGUUCAGCCCAAGGCGCUGCUUGCGCGCCUACUUUAAAACCGGGCGCGCCACCCUGAGUGUGUACUUCCAUAUCUCUGCGCAUGAGGCGUAAUACGUACACCACCACCCCUGGCCAGGUCCAUCCUCUGCCCAAGGGUGGUAUAUAAUUCCUCCUGGCCUCGGCUAGGAAGGCGUAGACACCAUGUCAGGGCGCAGGAUCGCUCUGGCCAGGCAUGGCUGUUGGCGUAAAUAGCAUGCCUUCUUCGUACAUGUCGGUCUGCUCAUGAAGCAGGCAUCCAUAUUGCCCCUCUGCUGGGCGCGCCUGUGUGCACGGCCUAGAUGCACGUCGCCUGGCAACAGGACGGUGGCCGUUCACUCAUCGCAUUUCUCCCUCUUCCCUUCUUCUGCAUUCCCUCCUCACUUCUUCUUCCCCUCUGCCCCUCUCCCCGAUAGGCACCCCUCUCAGGCAAGGAUCUUGACGCGGCUCUGGCCGCGGCGCCGAGUGGCCCGCCGGGAGGCUCGAAGAGGGCAAGAGCACGCCCGACCUCCCCCCUCCGGCCCCC